UCUGGCGUCCUCUCUAGGACCUCAUUUGGUUGUAACGGGUCUGUGCUUAGCGGAGCUUGUAAUUGGAGCGCCGGGGGAGGCUGCUUCCCAGAAGGGGCUUCCAGCCUGAGCUAUUUGAGCCCCGACUCCACCUGUAACGGGGUUGCCCCCCGCCUCGGCACCAGCCCUUCGUCCCUGCCGUACCCGCAGGCGGCCCCUUGGACCUUGUUGCGCGUUUACACAGAGGAGACCGAGGUGCCAGACCACCCGGCCCAGGGCUGGGGCGAGGGGUCGGCUGAGCCCGCUGGGACGGGCGUUAGUCGCAGCUUCGCGAAGUCUCGCUCGGCCGUGGGCCCCAUGGCGGCGCCGGCGCUGGCAUUAGUGUCAUUCGAAGAUGUGGCUGUGACCUUCACUGGAGAGGAAUGGAGACAACUGGAUCUGGCCCAGAGGACCUUAUACCAGGAGGUGAUGCUGGAGACCUGUGGGCUCCUGGUCUCACUGGGACAUCCUGUUCCCAAACCAGAACUGAUCUACCCACUGGAGCCUGGGCAAGAACUAUGGACAGGGAAGAGAGGCGUCUCCAAAAGCACCUAUACAGGUGAAAAAGCAAAACCUGAGACCACAGAGUUUACUGCUUCUCAGCUGGCCUUCACUGAGGAAGCCCCUUUUGAGGAACAAAUGACACAGGGAGCCUCGAGGGAUUCCAGGUUGGGGCAAGCCAGGGAUCGGGAAAAGCUAUCAGAAAUGCAGGAAGGAAACUUGAGGCCAGGAACAGACCCCCACGAGGAGACAUGCCCUAGGAAGUUGAGCCAUAAACAUGAUGAUUUGGAGACAGAUGAUAGUUUGUGUUUAACCAUUUUACAGGAGCGAGUCACUAUACAAGAUGAUCUACAUGAACAUGAUUGCCAAGGACCCAGAAAAGACCCUGUGACCGAUGCAAGGAAUAACCUGUAUAAAUGCAAAGAAUGUGGAAAAGGGUUUAGCAAGAAUUGGGCCCUUGUUCGGCAUCAGCAGAUUCACGCCGGAGUGAAGCCCUAUAAAUGCAGCGAAUGUGGGAAAGCCUGUCGUUAUAUGGCCGACUUCAUUCGACAUACGAGGUUUCAUACUGGGGAAAAACCAUACAAGUGUGUGGAGUGUGGGAAGGCCUUCAAACGCAGGUCUCACCUCACAGAGCACCAGCGCAUUCACACUGGAGAUAAGCCCUAUGAGUGCAAAGAAUGCGGUAAAGCUUUCACCCACCGCUCCUCUUUUAUCCAGCAUCAUAUGACGCACACUAGAGAAAAGCCCUUUUUGUGCAAAGAAUGUGGGAAAGCUUUCUACUACAGCUCUUCCUUUGCCCAACACAUGAGGAUUCACACUGGAAAGAAACUCUAUGAGUGCAGUGAAUGUGGAAAGGCCUUUACUCACCGCUCCACUUUUAUCCAGCAUAAUAUGACCCACACAGGAGAAAAACCCUUUCUGUGCAAAGAAUGUGGAAAAGCUUUUUGCCUCAACUCAUCCUUUAUUCAACACAUGAGGAUUCACACUGGAGAGAAACCCUAUGCGUGCAGUGAAUGUGGAAAGGCCUUCACUCACCGCUCCACUUUUGUCCGGCAUAAGAGGACUCAUACUGGAGAGAAGCCCUUUCAAUGCAAGGAAUGUGGGAAAGCCUUUUGUGACAGCUCUUCUUUAAUUCAGCACAUGAGGAUUCACACUGGUGAGAGGCCCUAUGAAUGCAGUGAAUGUGGAAAGGCCUUUACACACCACUCGGUUUUUAUCCGACAUAAUAGGACCCACACUGGAGAAAAACCCUUGGAGUGUAAACAGUGUGCAAAAGCUUUUUACUAUAGUUCUUCCUUUACUCGACACAUGAGGAUUCACACUGGCGAAAAGCCCUAUGUAUGCAGAGAAUGCGGGAAGGCCUUUACCCAACCGGCAAAUUUUGUUCGUCAUAAUAGGAUCCACACUGGAGAAAAACCAUAUGAAUGCAAAGACUGUAAGAAGGCCUUUUGUGACAACUUUGCCUUAACUCAACACACGAGAACUCACACUGGAGAGAAACCCUUUGAAUGUGGUGUAUGUGGAAAAACCUUCAGCCACAGUUCAUCCUUUACUCACCAUCGAAAAAUUCAUACCAGAGUGUAAAGGCCUUUGCAAGUCAUUCACUUCAAUUUUAAGGAACUCGUACUGGUGAAAUACCUUUUCUUUUGAAUAUAACUAUUCAGGAAAACAUUUUGGCCAGAGAAGUAUUUUACUGAUAAUUCAUACUGAAGGGAAACAUCAUAAUCGUCAUCCCUGUGAAAGUUUCUUUGUGGCAGGUCCUCUCAAAGGUCGUCUUAGAAAUUGACCAAGCCUAGAGCUUUAACUACCCCUGAGAUUGAUCCAGAAGAGAGACCCAGUGGUUAUGCAUUUAGGAAAAAUGUCAAGAAUUCUUCCCAUGUUUAUACUACAGAACCAUAUCAAAAGUAUCUUAAAAGUACAAUGAGACAUAGUGAAGGAGAUGUAGAAAAAAAAGGAAAACAAAAUGCGUGUAUGGCUUCUAAUUUCCCUGCCAAGCUUGUGAUAAUUUGUCAUUGGGGGGUGGUGGGGAUAUGGGGGGGGAUGAGAGAUGAAAAAUACCUCAUCUCCUUUAUGUGUUUAUUAUAUACCCGUAGUCAGGAGAGUUGGACCAUUGAAGGCAGCUCUGCUGCCAGCUUUUGUUUUUUUUUUAAUUUUUAUUCGAAAACACUGUGAUUUUUACCCUUGAGCAUAAAUGUUUGUGAGAGAUGUAGAGGCCUGAGUCAUGAAAUACUUAAAUACGCACACGCACACACACGCACAGAUUCAAUUCUUGUUAUUCAUUGUAGUUGUAUUCUAUACAUUGGUCACAAACACUGAAUUGGUGAAUACUGAGCCAUAGCUCCUAGGUUCCUGUGAGCCUCUGUUCACAUUUUCAUCAACCAAUCAAUGCAUAACCCAUUAUGGAAUUUUUUUUUCUGUUUAAAAGACAUUUAUUUAAUACAUGUUCCCUAGAAAUAAAUUAUAUGCAGUAUUUCCUUAUAAUAAAAAUAUUUCAAUUACAUCAUUUUGUGUAACUUAGUCUGUUACUAUACUGCUUUAACUCAGUGAUACACAAAGUAUACAUAAUUUAGUAUUCACACACAAUAAACACAGUAAGCAGUGAUGUGAACACAUACACUGUGUUAUACUGUACAGUCAUGCGAAGAAAGUCCAGAAAAAAGGUUAAAAUUAAUCAAAGAUUGACAUUAACUAAAACUAAUUUUGAUAGAGUUGUUGGAUAUGUGGUGAUAGAGCAGUGCACUCUGAAGAAACCUCUUGACCUUGGCAUAGUUGAUGGUAUUUAUUCUGCAGAAGAGGAAGACAGUGAGUGUGGGGUAUCAGUUCUACCUCAGGAAUUUGACUCUUGUCAUUUGUUGACAUCAGCAGUUUCCUUUUGUGAAGUGGCUUGAAAAAUUGCAUGAGGCUUCAUUCAACCAUUGGGUCACAUUCUUUUAUGUCAUGGAACAUUUUUCCAAAGUAGAAUUUCUGAUAUAUGGCUGCUGCGAGAAAGGCGACUCAUUCAGUGGUAGAGUGAUUUUCGUCACCAUCCUCAUCAUCACUGACUUCAGUGCCUUGUUUGGCUAUCUCUUCUGGGUCUUUAUUUGUGGGUUCUACCACCUUCUCUGUCAGUAUUUCUUCCACAUCUUCCCUCACGUCAUUGGGAGUUUUUCCACUUACUUGUCAUGUGAUAUGCAUUAUGUACUUGACACUGUUCUUUAUGUUUUAUGUAACACCUUCAAAGCCUUUGAAAAUUUCCAGGCAGUUUUGCCAUUUUCCCAAGUUCCUGAAAGUAGUCUGCUUGACUGUGCCAAGCUGUUGGGACAAGCUGUCCAAGCUGUGCCACUGUUGGGACAGUCUCCAGACUGUGCCAACACAGUAACCAGUGACAGUUCGCAUAGUGACCGACUGCAAUAGUCCAUCAUGGUAACCACCAUGUUUCUUUGUUGGUGUUGUAAGCUUUAGUCUAAAGCUCCCUCAUGUGGCGUACCACGAAAGCUUUUAUGUCAUGUCCUGAUUGAGAGGUUGGAUGACAGUGUUUAGGGGCAUGAAAAGAACAUCUAGGUUGGGGUGGGCAUUUGCGAGUUCGUAACAAUGGGCCAAUGGGCAUUAUCCAAAAUUAAUACAACCCUGGAGGCAAAGUAUUUGCCCUGGAGAUAGCAGUAAAUACAGCUUCUUGGAUGAGCAGUUGUGGAAGCAUCCCAGAAUGCUUCUGACAUCUCUCAAAUUUUUUUUGUUCCACCUGCAGCGGACUGGUGUAUGGCAUAUGCCGAACUCCUGAACCAGAGUUUCCUUUUCAGUUCUGGUGGAUUUGAAGUUCUCUACACCUUUAUGGGCUCGUACUUAAAGUUGGUUGCUGUUGGUAUUGACACACAACUGCAAGAUUGCACAAUACUUGAAUAAUUUGAAGACUGGUGAUUUGGAGGCCAUUUGCAUUAUAUACGUUCCUUUGCCCAAAGCCUAGUAAAACAAGCCAGUCUCGUUGGCAUUGAAACCUACUCUUCCCCCUCAUGCUUUUCCUGUAACAUUUCCUGAUCUGCAGGACCUGCCUUAACACUGUUUAUAAUGUAUUGCCUCUUGAAAUGUGCAAGCCAACUAGCACUGGCGGAUCAGGGUUUUAACAUUUUCCCCAUCUGGGUAACAUGACUCUCAGUUUUGGCUUUCAGCUCACAAUAAUGCUCUCCUGUCUUUUUUUCCUUCAUCUCACAAAUCCACAACUUCAGCUGCUUUCACAUCUUUCUCAUUGCUUCACCACACACUCUGCAAGUUACUAUGAACACUUUCUUGAGUGGCUUCAUCUACAGACCAGUGAGUUUCUUCCUGCUUUUGGAUGUGCUAUACUGUUGGUUCAUUAACAUUGAACUCAGAGUUAAUAGCAGUAUGACUCAUGACUGAAUGAAGCUCAUCUAUCUAACAUAUGCAUUUUCUUUCAGGCACGUCACAGCCUUCUUGGCAAGAUCUAGGAUGCUCCCCUGCUGUGGCCCUGAGCAGGCUCUGUCCUCUGGUGACCGUAGGGAAAUGGGCUGGCUGACUCCCAACCACAGGUUGCCUCUGCCUCUGCCCUCCAGUUAGGCACCGAGGUGGCAGUCCUGUGGG